AUGUUAGAAUUUUAUCCAAUGCCUACAAAUCUAAAUCAUGGUGCCUCCUUGUAUCCCCAUCAUCAUCAUGGUCAGAAUCAUGGUGGUGCCAGAUUUUUGGAUAAUCCAAAUGCCAUGACGGCCCCGAACAUGAACAACAAUAACAUAAAUCAGCAACAACAACAGCAGCAGCAAUCACACCAAAUGCUUGUCUCACCCAGUCUGGCCGCUUGCCCGCCAACACACAAUAAUCAUAACAGUAAUUCCUUAAACACCUGCUCGUCGACAGCUUCAUUAACAGCUCAAACAUCAGCUGCCUGUUUGCCGGCCUCGAGUUCAGAAACUUCACAGGCCACAGCAAUUAGCAGCAACAACAACAACAGCAGCAGCAGUUGUAACAACCUUAAAGCAAAUUUAAACUCUCUGAAUACGGUAGCAUCAUCAAAUUCCUGCUCCACCACCUCCUCAACAUCAUCAUCCUCCACCUCUUCGUCGUCCUGUUUAACAACAACAUUGGCUACAUCGUCUUCGAACUUGACGGCGGCAAAUACCAGCAGCAGCAUUAGUUCCUCCUCGACCUGUACAAAAUUAUCUACGGAUUGUAAUGGACGCACAGAAGUCGAUCAAAUCAAAUGUGAAAAGAAUUUCGAAGUCUGUGAAGGAUGUGGCCUAAAGAUACACGAUCGUUAUCUGAUGAAUGUGGGCGAUACAAAUUGGCACGAGAACUGUCUGUCCUGCUGCUAUUGUGGCCUACAGUUGCAUCAGACCUGUUAUGUGCGGAAUGGAAAAAUGUACUGUAAAAUGGAUUAUGAUAGAUUAUUUGCCUUCAAAUGUGCUGCAUGCUGUCAUCCAAUUUUACCCCAAGAUAUGGUUAUGAGACCCCUGCCAAAUUUAAUAUUUCAUUUGUCGUGUUUUGUGUGUUACGCCUGUCGCAUCCCCCUGCAAAAAGGUGAACAAUUUAUGCUGCGAGAUGGUCAGAUUUUAUGUUUUCGCCACGAUUUGGAAAAGGAAAUGUUUUUAGCAGCUGCUGCUCAACAUUGUGGCUAUUUGGGUUUGGAUGAUGAUGAUUUAAUGCGUCCACGUGAUGGACGGCGGGGACCUAAACGACCACGCACCAUAUUAACAUCGGCGCAGCGUAAGCAAUUCAAGGCCUCCUUUGAACAAUCACCCAAACCCUGCCGUAAGGUACGUGAAGCUUUGGCCAAAGAUACGGGACUGUCGGUACGAGUUGUCCAAGUGUGGUUUCAAAAUCAGCGAGCCAAAAUGAAGAAAAUCCAAAGGAAGGCGAAGAAUAAUAACAACCGCCAAGGGGAUGGUGACAAGGAUAAGGAUGGUAAAGACAAGGAUGGUAUUAAACAAGAAAUGGGCUCCGGUUCGGGUAGUGAAAACGGUUAUCUGGGUAUGGACAAUUCAUAUGCCACACAGCCGUUAAAUCCAAACCUACCCUUCUCACCAGAUGACUAUCCCGCCAAUUCAAAUGAUAGCUUUUGCAGUUCUGAUCUCUCUUUGGAUGGCAGUAAUUUCGAUCACUUGGAUGAUGAUGCCGACUCGUUGUCGCUUAACAAUUUGGAACUGCAAUCGACCAGUUCAUCGGGCCACCAUCACAAUUCCAAUCCUCAAGAUAUUCUAGCCAAUUUGAAUAAUAACCUCAUAAAUCCAAUUGAUAAAUUAUAUUUAAUGCAGAAUUCAUAUUUUCAAGGAGAUUCUUAA